AUGUGGUUCGGUGCUGUUACCGUCUUGUCCGUGCUGCCAUUGCUGGCCUCGGCAGCACCCGUGACGGAUACCGAGCCCAAGAUUGACUAUGAUGCAAUCAUUGUUGGGGGCGGUCCGUCUGGGCUGGCUGCUCUGAGUGCCUUGGCACGUGUUCGUCGCAAUGUCUUGCUGGUAGACUCGGGUGUAUACAGAAAUGGUCCUACAAGACACAUGCACGAUGUUUUGGGAUUUGACGCCCGGAAACAAAUAUCCCAUUAUGACACUGUUUCCAUGACCAACGGAACUGUGACCAAGAUCACAGCACAGGAGAACAACACCUACUUUACCGUAACCGGUACUUACCAGGACAACGAGGUGAAGAAUCUGACGGCCCGCAAGGUCGUCCUCGGCACUGGGCUCAAGGACCUCCUCCCCGAAACUCCCGGUCUCGGCGAGAACUGGGGUAAAGGAAUCUACUGGUGCCCCUGGUGCGACGGCUACGAGCAUGCGGACCAGUCCAUCGGUCUACUCGGUCCCCUCACAAGUGUCCCCGGUACGGUUCGCGAAAUCCUCACUCUCAACAAGGACAUCAUUGCCUUUGUCAAUGGCACCGACACCCCUUCCAACCGUGAAGCCACUGAGAAGAGCAAUCCUCGCUGGCAGGAUUACCUCAAUCUACACAACGUAACAGUUGAGAACCGCACCAUUGCAUCAAUAGAGCGCCUAAAGAAUGGCUCCAACCCCAACGCCGACCCCAGCCUGCCCUCGUACCCGGAGUACGAUCUCUUCCGUGUCUACUUCACCGACGGGGUCUCUGUCACCCGGGCCGCCCUCCUAGCCAGCUUCAAGAGCGAGCAAUACUCAAAAGUCGGAGAGGAAGCCGGCGUUGUAUUGUACGGCGAGAAACUAGGUGUUGACCCUACAAAGGGUCUUGUCACCAGCGUCCCUGGAAUCUACGCCGUUGGCGACUGCAACUCGGACAAUUCGACCAACGUGCCGCAUGCGUUGUACAGCGGGAAGAGGACCGCCGUCUUUUUACAUGUGCAAUUAGAAAGGGAGACUGCCAACGCGGAGCUGGCUGGCUUGAACAAGACAUUGCAUACACGAAAUGUUCACGAGGAGGCCCGUUCUCUUUGGGAUCACAUGAACGGCGACAAGGACGAGUUGUUGUACGCCGGGCCUUUCGAGCAGUAA